AGAUUUUCAAACCCAGAUCGCUAUCAGUUUGUUUUUAAUUUUAAGUUUUUUCGAUUGGGUAUUCGGGUCAGCACACGCGCACCUCGACCUCGGAAAUUCCUUUGUCCUGUAGCCAAGAUUUUGUACGCAGAAUCUGAGAUAAUGAGCAGAGUUGAGGUGAUCGAGGACGAAGAAGAUUGCACCACGCCCAGGCACCAAGGUUGUCGCAUUCCGGCGGCGGCCGAGUGCCCGCCGCCACCGAGGAAGAAAUCGGAGCGGCGGAGCGAGAGGGACCCGCCGAAGAGUGGGUACUUUUGUCCUCCUGAUCUUGAUGCUCUGUUCUCCUCCUUGGACCGAAGGCCCGGAGCUUGUCUUUAAUUCAGUUCGUAGUUGUUUUUCAUUUUGGGAAAAAAAAAAAGAAAAGAAGAAAGGGUAUUUGGUUUUGUUUUUAGGUGUAGUUUUAAUUUUCUUUUUCUGAAAUCAGUUUUUAGGGGUAGCUUGUUUGGUGUAAAUUAGAGGUUUAUGAUUUGUAAGUGUAGGGAUGAAAUGUGAAUGGCAUUUUUUGUUACUCU